AUGCCCCUCUCACAAUCCCGCUACCUGCCCAUCGCGAUCGGCGGCUUCGGCCUGAUGGCGGUCGGUCUGGGCGUCAACGCAUUGUUCAAUCCGCGAUCGGCGCUGGCACUGUUCCAGUUCCCGCACCCGGGGGCGCGGGCCAACACGAUCGAAGACACGCCCGAGGGCCACCUGGUCGAGAGCGUGAUGAUGCUCGAGGGCGCACGGACCAUCGCACUCGGCACCGCCCUGAUCUCCACCGCCUACUACGGCAGUCGCAAGGCCCUGACCGUCAUGGUAUGGGUUAGCACCGGCGUCGCCGUCGCCGACGGCUUCAUCAGUCGCCGCCAGAUCGGUGGCAACGAGUGGGCGCACUGGAUGUUUGUGCCCGUGGGCGUUGUCAUCGGGGGCAUACUGAGCGGUUUCGCGGAUUAG